AUGGCGCUCCAGAGGUAUCACCACGACGGGUGCUGCCUACUCCCUCCUCCUCUUCUUCCGGAUUGGGACUGGGAGUGGGAGCUACGCUGCACACUCGGCGACGACGCUGCUGCCCGAGAUAGCCUCCUCAUUCAUGACGCCUUCACGGCCUUGCCCUCGUGUGGGGAGUCGCCGGCGUCGUCUUCGUCGGAGGCGUCGAGCGGCAGCGGCGGCGGGGGCGGCUACCUGGAGGACGCCGUCGCCCACUGGAGCGACCGGUGCAAGCGGCGGAGGACGGAAGAGGAGGAGGCUCCGCCGCCGCGGUGGCCGGCCAUGGCGAGCGAAGACCUGCAAUCCCUUCUUCAGAGCUUCUGGGAUCCUAGCAGCGGCGAGGGAGAUCUCGUCCAUGGUUUGAACACCACCAUGGUCCCCGACACGGAGAUCGGCAGCUUCGCAUCAGGUGAGGUGGUGAGCGAGGGCGAAGCUGGUGAAGAUGCAGCGGCAGCGGCAGGCCCCCCUCCUCCAUUCUCCGCCACCGGAGCUCCUCCGCCUGGAUCAUCGCCACUGCAAAAGGCAACUACAGGGGGUGGCAGCCAUUACUGCGACCAGGCGACCUCAUCGUCCUCUUCCUCGCUGCCAGCGCCAGGGAAGAGAGACGGAGUCAUGUACCCGUUCGCCGUCGUCAAGCCGCUGGUGCUGGAGGGAAGCACGCUCAGCGACGUCAACCGCCGGAUGCUCAAGCGGCCGGCGAGGCCGGUGCGGCACCCCGUCGGUCAGUUCGCGUGCGGCCCCGUCGUGUCGUCGGCGCACGGGCCAGGGCUCUCCGGAAAAGCCGUCGUCAGCCUCACCAAGAUCAGGACGGGAGGGAAGGGCACCAUAACCAUCAUCAGAACAAGAGGCUGAACAUAAGCUCAAGAGGACGAAAAUAACAAUGGGCUAGAAAUGAGAGGCCAACUCUUCUUCUUCUCUGGAUCAUCAUCAGACUAGUAGUAUCCCUUGUAAAUACGUAGGCUUUUACUGCUUGUUCGUGACAAGCUUAACCCAGCUGAAAAUAAACAUCGGCCUCUCCAUCAUGGUCUUGUUGUGACAAGCUUAACCCCGCUGAAAAUAAACAUCAGC